GCUUGGACCGCGCAUCGUCUGCCGGCCCUUGGCACGACGGCCCAGUGCCUCCUUUCCCUGCGCCUGCAUGCAGGUGAAAUUGCUUCAGUCUCCCUGCAGCGAUCCCAACCAGCGAAAGACCAAACACUCCUGCAUCUGUAGUCUGCCGACCUCUGUAUUGUGGCUUCGGGCUCUCCGAUCUUUCUUUGUGAGCAGCCAGCCACAACAAAGCCACACGAGCAUUCCUGUGAUCCAGAUCAGGUCGUGCACUGUACUUCAUUAUUUCCCCUUUUCCCUCGACCGCCACCUAUUUCGACAAGACGGUCGGUCGGGAAUGUUUCUCCCUGCUCGGGUUUGCAUCAAAGCUCGGCGGCAAGGCUGGCUGAGCCUCGCUUACACGUGCCGGCUGCGGGCCCCUGCCCAAUAUCUGACAACGGCCAGAUUCAUUCCGACCGUUGUCAGGCAGCACGGGAUGAUCUCAAUCACGUUGCCGUCAAAGGCUUUCGACGGACACGAGAAUGGAAGAAGUGUUCAGUAACAGA